CGGGUAACACUCAUUUAACACACAUGUUCCAAAAGUGAAGCCGGUUUUUGGUUUGUUUGUCACCAGAAACAUGGCGGUCACGUCAAAAAUAACAAUGGGUUGCCAGUGGUGGGUGUUCGUUGAAGGUUAAAAUUUCAUAAAAAAUAAAGUAAAUCAUCAUCUAAAAUUCGUAAUAAACACAUAUGUAUGUAUUGAAACAUAUGUACGUAAUAUGAGAAACUUAAUAAAACAUUUACCGUACACAAAUUCUUCAUUUUAAAUACAUUUCAUGUUUUUAUUUUAAAUACUCAAUGCAUAACAAUACCCCAAAGAUACGUCGAUGAUCAAAAUCUCUGGUGUCAGUUUGGCUUCACUUUUGGUCAUAGGAUUACUCGUCCUCUCUCUUUCCUUGUCUAAGUGAUUCACACUUAGACCUUGUCUAAGGAUUCACACGCAUUCUAAACUAAAUAACAUGAUAUAACCUUAAAUAUUGUUUCUGUUUUAUCUUUUAUAUGGAAAUAAGAUUGAAAUAAAUUAGAAUCAUCAUGGGUAAAUUAGAACUAGUACAAACUCUAAAAAAAGAUAACGGUAGAGUGUGGAAUCUCGACUGGCAUCCUAAAGGAGACAGUCUAGCCUCCUGUGGUGAAGAAAAAUCCAUCAGAAUAUGGACCAAAGACUUGACUGGCAAGUGGUCCAAUAGGGUGGUACUAACAGAUGGCCACAAACGUACAAUAAGGCAAGUCUCUUGGUCACCAUGUGGCAAUUACUUAGCCUCUGGCAGCUUCGAUGCAACAACCUGUAUAUGGGAUAAGAAAAGUGGUGAGUUUGAAUGUAAUGCAACUUUAGAAGGACAUGAGAAUGAAGUCAAAAGUAUAGCUUGGUCGAAAUCGGGACAUUUAUUAGCUACAUGCAGCAGAGACAAGUCUGUGUGGGUUUGGGAAGUAGCAGAUGAAGACGAAUACGACUGUGCAGCUGUAUUAAAUGCCCAUUCACAAGACGUUAAAAAGGUAAUUUUUCACCCUGAAAAAGAUCUACUAGCAUCAGCAUCUUAUGAUGAUACAAUCAAGCUCUUCCGAGAUGAUCCCAAUGAUGGCGAUUGGGUCUGCUGUGGGACCCUAGCAGGUCAUGAAUCAACAGUUUGGAGUAUAAGCUUUGAUAAAACUGGUACUAGACUGGCCUCUUGCAGUGAUGAUAAUACAGUUAAAAUAUGGAAAGAAUACCCCCCAGGUAAUCCAGAAGGAAUUGCUACACAGGACGGAGACUCAGCAUGGAAGUGUGUUUGUACGUUGUCGGGACAUCAUGAGAGAACCAUAUAUGAUAUACAUUGGUGCCAUUUAACAGGCUUUAUAGCUACAGCAUCUGGAGACGAUGCAAUUAGAAUUUUCAAAGAAGAAGAAGGAUGUGAUCCUAAUAGCCCCAAUUUUAAUUUAGUCUGUGUGGUUGAUAAUGCACAUAAUCAAGAUGUUAAUUGUGUUACUUGGAAUCCUGUAGUGCCUGGAUUAUUAGCCUCUUGUAGUGAUGACGGAGAAAUUAAAAUAUGGGAAUUUAGGGAAUGAUAUGAUUUUGUGAUAGUUUAUAAAUAUUAAGUAUAAAAACUGUGGUAUAAAA